UUCCGCUUUCCUUCCGCUUCUUGUAGAGGCGGAAGUGACGCACGGUGCUGCCAGGGCUUUCUGUGCGUAUCGUUUCGUUUGCAGCCGACGCAAGAGCGCGAGAGAGACAACAUCAUCAGAUACGAGCGAAAUACUGGAUUAUUCGCCCGCUACAAAAACCCCAUCGACCGUGCUGAAAGAUAAACAUCAUGAACCCUGUUUAUAGCCCCGCGUCAUCAGGGGUUCCUUAUGCCAACCAUAAAGGAAUAGGAUACCCAGCGGGAUUUCCUGUGGGUUAUGCAGCGGCAGCUCCAGCAUACUCCCCUGGCAUGUACCCUGGCGCUAAUCCAGCCUUUCCCACAGGUUAUGCUCCCGGGACCCCUUUCAAAAUGUCCUGCUCCCCAACAACAGGUGCUGUACCCCCCUAUUCCUCAUCACCUAAUCCCUACCCUGCUGCAGUCUACCCCGUGAGAAGUCCCUACCCCCAACAGAACCCCUACGCACAGCAAGGCACUUACUACACACAGCCCCUUUACGCAGCGCCACCGCAUGUCAUUCAUCAUACAACGGUGGUCCAGCCCAAUGGCAUGCCAGCGGCCAUGUAUGCCCCUCCCAUUCCCCCACCCCGCCCUAACGGAGUCGCCAUGGGCAUGGUAGGAGGCACCACCAUGGCGAUGUCAGCUGGGACAUUAUUAACUACUCACUCUCCAACCCCAGUCGCGCCCCACCCUUCAAUGCCCACGUACCGCCCACCUGCCACUCCCACCUACAGUUACGUGCCCCCGCAGUGGUGAACACGACACUGUCAAAUGAUGGUAGAUAUGCAUUCUCACUGUCCAGUAUUUUUACAAUUGGAGCUGACACUACAAGUGUUAUCAGCCGGUUGCUCUUCCUUCCAAACAUAAUGUGAAUCCGACUCCAGUUGGCAGACAAAAGGAAAGAGUAUCUUCCCAGUCCGGCUCCAUUACUAUUUCCCAUCCUUCACUCAUUCUGCAACAUAUCUCACGGCCGAAGACCAGACAAGCUCUUCAUGCUGAAUUGUGUUGUGUGGACUAUCUUGCAGUUUUUAGCUAACUCUUUAAUUGGUGAAACCCGGAAGGGAGUUGGAAUUAGUUUUAUUGGAAUACCUAUUGAAUGCAUGUAUAUAUUUAAAAGAGGAAAAAAGAAACAAAAAAAAAAACAACAGCGCUAGCUCAUUCUACCAGCUAUGACAGAUGCAAAACCAUCAGCAAUUAUCUCAAGCAAAAAUCCAAAGGGAUGGGGAAAAACAACUGUAUAUUAAAUGCAAUGUCUUAAUUGUUAUUUCAUACAAAAUAUUAAUAACGUUAGCAUUUAAAAAGCAACAUUUUUGUUAUUUUUCCUGGUUUUAAUUUGGGUAUUUGUAGCUCCAGGCAUGGUUUGUCUUCUCUGGGUGACGGCGUGUUUGUUGCUGCCGUGCCCUGAUGGGAAGACGGGCCCUUAGGGUUUGUGCCUCCGCUUCAUAUGCCUGUUUUUAGUUGAUAAGUUUUAUCACUCUACAUGCUCUCGCUGCAGUUAAUUGUUGCACUAAUUGCCUGUGUGUGUGUACAUAAAUUGGUUGAUUGAGCUGUAUUGAUGCUGAGAGCAUGCUAACUCAUUUGUGUACCUCUGGUUUGGUUUUCUUAACUUUUAAAAGUCUGACCGAAAGAUUAACAUUGGAAUCGCAGCGAGCUGUGACAUUUUUAAUGGUAAAUUGUUGAUGUGGUAAAGAUAAAGAAAAAAGAAAACUCAAUUGAGUUGAUUUGAUAACACUACUGGUUACAUUUGAGGAGGUGAAUUUGAGUUGUUUAGUUAUUAUUGACCCAAACAUCGCUUGUUACCUCAAAAUUACACCGUAACUGAUUGAAUUUUAUUGUCUUUUUACUUUAUACAUUGCCUAUGUCACUUCGGUUAAAGAAUGUUUUGUAAUGUUUAAUGUGUUUUUGUUUUGUAUUUUCAAGAAAGACCAAAAAAUAAAUACAAUAAUAAAUAGA